AAUUUCAUAAAUAUUUGCUCAGCAGUAUUUGUCAAAUUGCAUUAAAUCAGGUAGAAAAGCGAUCAAAUUCCAAAUUAAAAAAAAAAAUCAAAGCACAGUGUACAGACAAUAACUGGAUAAGGGAUAUACUCUUUUCCUCCUGUCUGUAUCCCAGCAUCUAUGGACUCUGCCAAAAUUAGGCAAAUAUGUACCUUAAAAAUGUGAAGUCUCCUAAAGUUCAUAGCAUAAUUAUUUUAUCUUUUUUCUUCACAGGCUGGAGUCUUUAAUGCACAUUUGAAAAGAUUCCAUGAGUUUGCUAUGCCACAGCUCCCUCAAGUGGUAGAAUAAUUUUCCAUUUGGAAUUGCAACUUGAUUUCUGUGACACACUUGCAUUCUCUUCAAAAGGUUUUGGGGCUUCUUCCAACUUCCUGUUCUAUCUGAUUUAUAAUAGAAACAUCAGAGUUCAAAGAACAGGAGUCUGAGCAGGGAAGAACUCAGGCUUGCUAUACUUGGGUUCCCAGUGAGCUUUGGCUAGAAAAUACACUGCAGUAUUACCAUGGCAUCAGUAAUUUCAAGUUUCUUCCUCUUGGUACUCUGGAGACAGAGAACUGUUCUUGCCUUAUCUUGGCUCUCCUACAUGACAAAGCUCUUCUUUCUGUUCACAGCCUCUGUGUUCCUGUAGCAGAACAGAUGAGUGGAUGCACUGACAUUCUUUUUGGUAUGAUGAUGCAGAGGGCUCAACUUAAGUUUAAAAAUGUCUGAUCUGAAAGAUAUUGUACACAGAGCCCAUUGUAUUGAAACACUGCUUUCUGAGAACAAUUUGCAAGAUGUUGAGGAUCAUCUUAAAGAACUUGCAGAUGUUGAUAUGACUGUAGAAUAUCUUCAGGGGACAGAAGUUACCAAGGCUGUAUAUAGAGUACUCAAGAGCUGCCCUUCAGGAGAGUUGAAAAAGAAAGCAAAGCAGCUAUUGUCAAGGUGGAAAACACUUUACAAGAAUAACUGUGCUCAGUCAAUGCAAGUUAAAAAGUCAGUUUCUGUGGAUGUGAAAGAAGAAAUUGAGCAUCUCAGUACAGUUCCUAGAGAGCAGUUGUCUGAAGGACCAUGUCAGCAGGAGGCAUUAGAUGGUACUAGUUCCAACACUUUGGUCCCAUCACAAACUGUUAAAAAUGUGGUACAUAACAAUGCAGAAGGCAGUAUUAAUCAGCAUUCUUCUUUUGAGGAACAGCACACUGUUCAUGAAGAUUCUAAAUCUGUUGUUAGCGAAGCCAGUCUGCAGCAGGAUCUGAUGAGAGCUCUGAGGUGUAAAUGUGUGGAUCUUCUUUACAAAGCUUUGAUUGAUUCUGCCAAAGAUGAAGAAGAAACUGUUAAAUGGCUAGAGUUAGCUAAAGAAAUUGAAGAACAUAUUUUUGCUCUUCAUGCUAAAAAUGACAAAAAGUAUAAAAAUUGCAUCAGAAGUAAAAUCUCUAACCUUAAGAACCCUAAAAGCUGCCACUUAAAGCAUAACCUUUUUUCAGGAACUUUGAGCCCAAAGGCUUUUGCUGAGAUGACAGUGAUGGAAAUGGCCAGUGAUGAACUGAAACAGCUCAGGGCUCUGUACACAAAAUCAUCUGUUCAGGAGCAUCAGCUUCCACAGGUGAUUAAUGGCACACAGACAAACAAAAUAAAGUGCAGACGCUGUGAAAAAUUUGAUUGCACUGUCACUGUGAUUGCCAGAGGAGCUCUCUUUCUUCCAGCUUGGGUGCGAAACACAAAUCCAGAUGAACAAAUGUUGACGUACGUUAUUUGUAAUGGAUGUGGAGAACAGUGGUACCACAGCAGAUGGAUUUGUUUGUAAUGCUGUCCCUCUAUAAUAAAGGGCUUGGAAGCGUGUAUAACAACUUACCUCUGUUGAAACUCUGUAAUUUUAGAUUCUGUGCUGAUACUGUGUGGGUGCUGCCUCUAAAAACUGCAAAAUCAGUUUUAAAGACCUGCUAAUGUAUUUUUAAAGAUGGCUCGAAUAGAUCUUACAUGUUUUUUAAGUAAUGUAAAUAUGUAAAGAAAUAAAGGGUAAAAGGAGAAAAAUGGUUACACUGUA